AUGGCGUAUCAUGCAGCACAUGGUCCUCCUGCCCAGGCCUAUGGAGGCCCGCAGCCUGGAGCACCGCGACCCCCGCCCCAAGGACGUGGAGGGCCACCACCACAGCAGCCAUAUGCCGCGCCGGCGCAGCAGUACGACGGAUACGACGAUUAUAAUGCUUACGCCAACGGGAAUGGUUACGGCUACGAUGACUACGCGAACGGUGGCAGUUACGGUCAGCAAGACUAUGGUGGCGGUGACCCUUACCAAAACCCAGACUACGGCCGAGCCCCCCCUCCGCCGAGACAGGAUUACUAUGGUCCGCCGCCUGCCGGGCGAGUUGGGCGCCGCCCAUCCAUGAAUGACGGCUCAGCUAGCCCCCGCCAAGUUGGCCACGGAGACGCCUACGGACAUGGAGACAUGGACCAGAUGGCCAAGCAGAUGUCGGGUAUGGAUCUCAACGGACAGAUGCCCUCGCGCUCAAUGUCGAGUUCUGACGGCCAACGAGGCCGUGGACGAGGUGGUAUGAGCGGAAGGGGAGGGCCCAGAGGCGGCCCGCCACCUCCCCAGCAACAGGGAUACUACGGCCCAGAGUACGGCCCCUCUCAGGGCGAUGGCGGUGGCUACGGGGGCUAUGACGACGGAUACAGCCAGCCGGAAUUUGGUCCCCCGGGGAGGACCAUGACGAUGCCCAAUGGCGGCAUCGGCGGUCCACCUCAAGAUAUGCUGCCGCCCCAGCGGGCAAGGACAAUGUCCUACGAUGACCCUGCCGGACGGGGUGUGCCGCAGCGGCCCUCGACGGCGUCCGGUCAACGCCCGCCGCCGCAACGCGCCUACCCCGGCGAACCUCAGGGUCCGGUCGGUUACGACCAGUACGCCGGCGGUGGUGGCUACGAUGACUAUGGCCCGGGUGUCCCUCCCGAGAGAGCAUCAUACGAGGGCGGCUACAACGUCGGCGGCGGCGGCGACGGCGGGGGUGGCCCCUACUACGACCCCGGACGCGGGAGCUACCAGAGCGACCAGUACUCGAACCACUCGGGCAUGCCCGAUUUUGACAUGAUCCCCUCCAACGCACGCAGCUCUUUCGAUCAGGUCAUGCAGCCGACACACGAGUAUCCGCAACCUGGCGCCCACCAGACGGCCAAGCUGAACCACGCCAAGUCGCAGCCCGAGCUGCGGCAGCCCCAGACGGCCGUGUUCGAGAUGGCGGGCGACAUCCCGGCCGUCCCCCCCAUGCCGCCCAUGAACACAGCUGUCAUGAAUGGCGGCGUCGGCACGGGCAUGUAUGGGCCUGGGCCUAUGCAUGGGCCUGUACCCGGGUCCGUACCAGGAUACGGACCCGAGCGCAUGGUUCCGUCCCGGGGCCCGAGCGCGCCCCCGGGACCGACCAACUUGCCGGCACCGACACCCAUGGGCCCCUCUAGCAGGAAUCCCGACUCGCUGCCGUCUCACCCGACACCUAUCCGAGCUGGCCUUAUGGCCAACUCGAUGGUCAACAUGAAUGACAAGCCGCCACCGGUGCGCAACUACGGUGGCGUGCCUCCGGCAGUCGUCGCGGCGCGGACGCAGCCCCAGGCCCAGCAGCAGAUCCAGGGUGCGGGGCCGCAAGCCGUAGCGCAGGUGCGCGUGGUGCCGCAGAAGCAGCCGGAACCUCCGGUGACGUCACAGGAGCUGGAGCAACUGCGCAUGUCGCUCAAGGUCAACGCCAACGACUCGAAGACAGCGCUGCGGCUGGCGAAGCGGCUGAUCGAGGCGUCGGACGUGCUUGUCGCCAAGAUGCCGGACCCGCGGGCGCGCGGGCGGGCGCGGGAGCGGUACGUCAUGGACGCGCACAAGAUCCUGCGCAAGCUGGCAAGCGCGCAGAACACCGAGGCCAUGUUCAUCAUGGCGGACAACCUGGGGCGGGGCACGUUCGGCGGCGAGCCCGACACUAAGGAGGCCUUCACGCUGUACCAGGCGGCGGCCAAGCUGUCGCAUGCGGGCGCGGCAUACCGCACGGCGGUGUGCUGCGAGAUCGGGCACGAGGACGGCGGCGGCACGCGGCGCGACCCCCUCAAGGCCAUGCAGUGGUACAAGCGGGCGGCGACGCUGGGCGACCCGCCGGCCAUGUACAAGGUGGGCAUGAUCCUGCUCAAGGGCCUCCUGGGACAGCCGCGCAACCCGCACGAGGCCAUCGGGUGGCUGAGGCGCGCGGCCGACGUGGCCGACUCGGAGAACCCGCACGCGCUGCACGAGCUGGGCCUGCUGUACGAGUCGGCCGAGCCGGUGGUGGGUGACGCCUUGGUGCGCGACGAGCGCGCCGCCUUCUCCCUGUUCCUGCAGUCGGCGGAGCUGGGGUACAAGUUCUCCCAGUUCCGGCUGGGCUGCGCGUACGAGUACGGCAGCCUGGGCUGCCCCGUAGACGCCAGGAUGUCCAUCAUGUGGUACUCGCAGGCGGCGCAGCGCGGCGAGCACCAGUCCGAGCUGUCGCUCAGCGGCUGGUACCUCACCGGCAGCGAGGGCGUGCUCAAGCAGAGCGAUCAGGAGGCGUACCUGUGGGCGCGCAAAGCGGCCAUGGCCGGGCUGGCAAAGGCCGAAUACGCCAUGGGGUACUUUACCGAGAUGGGGAUCGGGUGUGCUGCUAAUGUUGAGGAUGCAAAGAGGUGGUAUUGGCGAGCAGCUGCCCAGGACUUCCCUAAGGCUCGUGAACGUCUCGAAGACAUCAAACGAGGCAAGAAUAACCCCAGCGCUACUAGGCCACCGGAUAGAUUCUCUAGAAGCAAGAUUGAGAAGCACCAAGAGGGUGAAUGCAUUGUCAUGUAG